AUGUCUUCUCGAAAGAAGGUUCUUCUCAAGGUUAUCAUCCUGGGCGAUAGCGGUGUUGGGAAGACCAGCUUGAUGAACCAAUAUGUCAACAAGAAGUUCAGUGCGAGCUACAAGGCUACUAUCGGCGCCGAUUUCCUGACUCGAGAGGUCCUGGUCGACGACCGACAAGUUACUAUGCAGCUUUGGGAUACUGCCGGUCAAGAACGAUUCCAGUCCCUCGGUGUUGCAUUCUACCGAGGCGCCGACUGUUGCGUUCUAGUCUACGAUGUCAACAAUGCCAAGAGUUUCGAGGCGCUGGACAGCUGGAGAGACGAGUUCCUCAUCCAGGCUUCUCCCCGUGACCCUCCCAACUUUCCAUUUGUCGUGCUUGGCAACAAGAUUGAUGUCGAGGAGAGCAAGCGAGUGAUUUCCAACAAGCGAGCCAUGACUUUCUGCCAGUCCAAAGGCGACAUUCCUUACUUUGAGACAAGUGCCAAGGAGGCCGUUAACAUUGACCAGGCUUUUGAGGUCAUUGCCCGUAACGCUUUGGCCCAAGAAGAGUCUGAAGAGUUCAGCGGCGACUUUGAUGACCCGAUUAACAUCCACAUCGAGAACGACCGCGAUGGCUGUGCUUGUUAA